GCGAAAAGCGUCUCCAACAACUCCACCAAGAAGUCACGCGAGCAAAACUCAUGAAAGAAACCUCUCAUGGCACCUACUGCGAAAUCAAAUCCGAAGAAUCUCUCAUGGAAAUUUCCACUUCGGAGAAACUCUGCAUUAUUCAUUUCAUGAAACCCGACUUCAAUCGAUGUGGUUACAUGGAUUCGAAGCUGGCGAUUCUGGCGGAAAAGCAUUUCGACACCAGGUUCGUGUCGAUCAAUGUUGAAAAUGCUCCUUUCCUGGUCGUCAAGCUGGGCAUUAAAGUUUUGCCGUGUGUGAUUGCUUUCAAGGACGGUGUCAGUGUGGAUAGGCUUAUUGGCUUCGAGGGGAUCGGGUAUAAGCCAGAUGAGUUUACCACAAAGGAGUUAGAGGAGAGGCUGUUGCAGAGUGGCGUGUUGGUGAGAAAUAAAAUGAAUGAUGAUGACGAUCGGAGAAGGGCAAGGAGAGAGCAGGAAGAACGCGAAAGGGACGAAUUGUGGGAUGAGGAUGAGUGAGAGUGAGAUGAGAGACUGUGUGUUUCGGCAUGCGACUGGAGGUUAUCACGCACGGCGGCCUUCAUUCCCUCUGAUCUGGCAGCCUACUCAACGAACGUUAUAUUUCAUGCGGCGAUGCAAGCGCUACAGAGGCAUAACAGACAUCAAGCUCGGAACUCGAAGUUAAUUUGGAUACGCCGAGGGACUCCGACAUGCAACAAUUCUUCCACCAGCAUCCAUCUGCCUCCUAUCUCAGACUAGCUGAAUACACACGAGCCUCCUGGAGCUUGCCUGAUUCCAGCCUCCCGUUCUGCUUGGUGUCAUUUUUCAACUGCCUGCAACCCCUUCUCGCGCUACGAGUAUUCCUGGCUGGCUUCCUUUAUUCUUGC